UGCCAGUGCCAACCAUCUAGUGUAGCGGUUGCCACAGUUUGCAUUUUUUUCCUCAACCCUAGCAAUUUGUCAGUGUAGUUAAGACUCAAUAUUUUAAGUUACGGAAUUUUGUUUCAGAAACUUGGCAUCAUCCCUACUCUGACAGCUUUUCUAGGCUAUCUUUCAGAUAGUACUCGAAAUUUAUUUAUUAUUUUAUUAAAUUUAGGAAGUGCCCCAAAUAGAAAAAAUGUGGGCUGAUACUCUGCUAAUAGUGUUCAUAUCAAUUUGCACAGCUUUCCUAGGUGAGGGCCUCACUUGGCUGAUGGUGUACCGCACUGAACGCUACCAAAAACUGAAAACCGAAGUGGAAAAGCAAAGCAAAAAGUUGGAGAAGCGCAAGGAGACGCACGGAGACACUUUGGACAGGCAACAGAAAAAGAAAAUUGAAAGGGAAGAGGACAAGUUGAAGCACAAUAACAGGGACUUGUCUUUUGUGAAAAUGAAGUCCAUGUUUGCUAUUGGCUUCGCUUUCACUGCUUUGCUAAGCAUGUUUAACAACAUUUUUGAUGGGAGAGUGGUAGCUAGACUGCCUUUCCUUCCGCUCACUUGGAUUCAGGGCUUGAGCCAUCGAAACUUACCAGGAGAUGAUUACUAUGACUGUUCUUUUAUUUUUCUGUACAUUUUAUGUACCAUGUCCAUCAGGCAAAACAUUCAAAAACUUUUAGGCUUUGCGCCGUCUAGAGCUGCUUCUAAGCAAGGCAAUAGCCUAUUUGGGCCAGCCCCAGGUCAAUUUAAAUAAAAGGUUAAAGUCCUAAUUUACCUCCGCUAUUUCUCGUCAAAUAAAAUGGUCGAAUCGGCAAA